AUGGAGCUCUCGUUCAGCCCUGAUGUGUUUCAGAAGCUCUUUCCAGUGGAAUAUACGCACAAAUGUCUGAUGAAUAAGGUCCGGACGGAUGCACGCACGAUGGAUGCUUUGCGUGCCGUGCAGCUACAGACGAAUGUAGUCGAGACAGCAGCUAGCUCGAGUCUUGUAAAGCUUGGCAAGACGUCGGUACUGACAGCUAUUAAGCUAGCAGUUGGUACACCAGCAGUUACUACACCCGAUCAAGGAGAAAUUGCGAUUCAAGUGCAUUUGUCACCGCUUUGCUCGAAUCGAUUUACGGUCGGUCGACCAUCGGAGGAAGCGCAAAGUAUCAGCAGUCAACUCACGAGAAUUGUCAUGGGCUCCCGUGUCGUCGAGAUGGAGAACUUGAGCAUUGUCAAUGGCCAGUCAGCGUGGAAACUCAUGGUGGACGUGUACUGUGUGGAUCAUGAUGGCAAUGUGCUGGAUGCUGCACUUACGUCGAUCAUGGCAGCACUCAAGACAUUGAAACUGCCAGUCACAUCCGUCAAUGAGACGGACAAUGUCGUUUCCAUUGUGCCAAAUGAAGAUGCUACGCCAUUGCGUGUCGAGCACUGCGCUUACGCGACUUCGUUCGCUGUGGUAGAUGAUACAGUGCUGAUUGACCCGACAAGCGACGAAGAGGACCUUGCAAGUGCCGUUUUUAGCUUUACCUAUAGUACUAACGGUCAACUCUGUGGUGUACACAAAGCUGGUGGCUCUAUUGUAGCACCUAAUGUGAUGCAUCAGUGUAUGCAGAAAGCCAAACGGAACAUGGAGCUAUUGGCAAAGCUAGUAGACGCGUCGACGUGA